AAAUUCUUUAGCGGUGUUAGGUGGCAGCGCUGUGUGAAGGUGGCUGUUAUAGGUAGCAUUGCUGUAGUUUUUAUAAAACUGAACAGAUUAAGUAUUUUGAAGUUGCAGGCCUUUUUACACUAAAGUACCAGCUCUUAUUUUAUUUUUUUAGGCCUGACGAUUUCUUAUUCUGAUUUUAGACUCCAUGGCAGCUAGAUUCUGGCCUCAGAGGAAAGGGUGAUGUUUACUCAGUUGACUUGACUUUCCAAAGUUAAAAAACAUGUGAUUUUUAUUUUUUUUUUUAUAAAAUCUAAUAUUAGUACGGCUUUUGUUAACAUUCUAAUGGGAACAAUUUUCCAAAUGAUCCCUGUGGUGUUUUAUUGUCCUACAUGCUCACAGAACUCAACCAUAAUUUCCUUAUUUGCAUAUUUCGUUCGUCCAUUUGCAGUGAUGACUAGUGAGAUAGCCUGGAAUGUGGAAGUAAAAGAAAAUACUGUGUGUAGACUAGCAAGGGGAAGGCUUUCAUAAUGAAAAUUGGUUGGUAGAUGACUGCUCUAAUGUGUAUGAUUUGAAAAUUUGCACAUGUGUAUGAUACUACUUUGUGAAAUACCAUUAGGAGGACUAUUCAGUAAAUGGAUUGUUACAUUGUGGCCCAUUUUGAUUAUACAGCACUGUUAUCUGAACACUAAUUGAUCAGUGUAUCCACAGAGCUGUGCAAAAUAAGGUCUGGAUCCUGCAUGUUAGGAGUAUGUGAAUUCUGAGUCACAAGACAGUAUGUUAACUUUGGGAUUUCCUGACAGAAUCAGGCCCUGUGACUGUAGGAGGGCAUUCAGAUGAUUUUAAAACAUUUGACUUUUUCUUAGCUGCUGCUGCCUUGUACCUUUUUGUUAAAUGCAGAAGAAAGUUACUUCUAUGAUAACAGUAGAUUAUCAUAGUUACUUUCUUCUUUUCCUAGCCAUACAACUUCUUAUCAUUUAAAUAGUAACUGAAGAAAUUUACUUACUGAAGAAAUUCCUUUACUGAAGGAAUAAAAAUGAUUUUGGUUGAAAUGCUGGUCCAAUAAAUGAAGUAGUUUAAAAAAUAAACUUUGCAUAUGACUUUGCAGGUAACGUCCUUAUCUAAAAAUGAAAAUUGUGUUUUUGUUUUUCAAGUCUACUCUUGCAUCUUUAUAAGUAUGUCAAAAUUUGUAUAGUUUCAGAGCUUUUUUAUUUCCUUACUGGUGUCCUGUCAAAAGCAGCCCUGGUUGGUAGUGUCUUUGAAAGUGACCGAAACUCCCGCGUACUGUUCAAAUUGGCUGAGUUCUCUACUCAGGAGACUCAGUUUACUUGAAGUAUUGUGAUACUGUCUAGGAAGCAUGGAGCAUGUACUCAUGUAUGAAAUGCAUGAGUGAUUCGUGUUUUACAGUAGAUGGUAAAGUAUCAUUUAAGACCCUAUCCUGUAGGUGGUAAUGUAUAUCAUGAUGUUUAUAUAUAUUAUAUGAAUUACCUUUUUGCUAGUAAAAACAAGUUUUAUUGAGGUUUUUUUUCACCCUUUCCUUGAACAACAAAAUGUUUUAUUGAUUGUUACUGUGAUAAUUAUCACUUGGGAGCAGAUUAUAAAGAAUGUUCAGUAGCUGGCCAAUAUGCAGGCCCUGAAAUUUUGGCUACUUUGAAGGGCAUAAAUUUCUUUAAAGAUUUGGAACAGAUUGUCAUCAUAUUUAUGAACAAUAUUUUCUGAUUUUACUUUCCAAACUGGAAGAUGUUCUACUUCCAGUAACUGAGGUACUCAGUAGCGUGAUCAAUGCAUAUUAAUGCAAAAAAAUCUUAAUGUACAUUACCUGUUAGGUAGAAGGAGCAUUAUGCUUAAGUAGAAUUUUAGCUCCGUGUUUCUACUAUUUCUUAACACUUUUAUAUGUAUUAAUUAGAUAAUAUUUUUAUUUAAUCCUGAAGUAGAAUGUAUCAAAUAGACUUCACCCUGCACCUGCUGACUUCAGUAGCAAAUUUCCAAAAUUACACUCCUGUGUGAUGUCCAAAAGAUGGACUUUGCAUAGAUUAUGCCAUUUUACUUGGAUAAGAUUUAAUAAUAUCAUGAAACUUUACUAUUCUUCCUGCUGUGCACUGCCUUAUGUUAAUAACUCCACUAACAUUGCUUUUACUUGAUUUAAUGUUGAUUGUCUUUAACAUUUACUAAACGGUUUUGAAAAUUGCUGUAGUUUAGCCUGAGCCGUUUGUGAUUAGCUGCACCAAUUUGAAAUGGCCAAUUUGGAUGAUGACAGAACCUUCUCUGCGCGUGCCUUUUUGAGAUAUGGGUCAAUUUAUGAGCCACUUAAAAGUAUUAACCUUCCAAGACCAGACGAGGAAAGUGUAUGGGAUAAAUUAGAUCGUUAUUACAGAAUUGUUAAGUCAACGUUGCUACUCUAUCAAAGCCCAACCACAGGUCUGUUUCCUACAAAGACGUAUGGGGAGAACCGAAAGGCAAAAGUACAAGACAGUCUUUACUGUGCUGCAUGCGCCUGGGCAUUAGCCCUUGCUUACAGGCGUAUUGAUGAUGACAAGGGAAGGACACAUGAACUGGAGCAUUCUGCUAUAAAAUGUAUGAGAGGAAUUCUCUACUGCUACAUGCGUCAGGCUGAUAAGGUUCAGCGGUUUAAGCAAGACCCCAAGCCAUCUGAAUGUCUUCAUUCUGUUUUCAGUGCACAGACUGGAGAUGAGGUCUUCUCCCAUGAGGAAUAUGGUCAUCUUCAGAUAAAUGCUGUGUCAUUAUUUCUCCUCUAUUUGGUUGAGAUGAUCUCUUCGGGGCUGCAGAUUAUCUACAACACAGAUGAGGUGUCCUUCAUUCAAAAUCUUGUGUUCUGUGUGGAAAGAUCCUAUCGUGUACCUGACUUUGGUGUCUGGGAAAGAGGAAAUAAAUACAACAAUGGCAGUCCAGAGCUGCAUUCAAGCUCCGUGGGGCUGGCAAAAGCAGCUUUGGAAGCAAUUAAUGGCUUCAAUCUCUUUGGCAAUCAGGGCUGCUCUUGGUCUGUCAUAUUUGUGGAUUUUGAUGCCCAUAACCGUAACAGACAGACUCUGUGUUCGUUGCUACCCAGGGAGUCAAGGUCUCAUAAUACUGAUGCAGCUCUUCUACCUUGUCUUAGUUAUCCUGCAUUUGCUUUGGAUGAUGAGGCUUUGCUCAGUCAAACACUAGAUAAAAUUAUUAGAAAAUUAAAAGGAAAAUAUGGGUUUAAAAGAUUUCUGAGAGAUGGAUACAGAACAGCUUUGGAGGACAAAACACGGCGCUAUUAUAAACCAGCGGAAAUUAAGCUUUUUGAUGGCAUUGAGUGUGAAUUCCCUCUGUUUUUUAUUUUCAUGAUAAUUGAUGGAGUUUUUAGAGGAAAUCCUGCUCAAGUAAAGGAAUAUCAGGAUCUUUUGGAUCCGUUGCUUCAACAUACAUCUGAAGGGUGUCCUGUUGUACCCAAGUAUUAUUAUGUACCAGCUGAUUUUGUUGAACUGGAAAAGAAAAACCCUGGCAGUCAGAAACGAUUUCCUAGUAACAAUGGACGUGAUGGAAAGUUUUUCUUGUGGGGACAGGCAGUUUACAUCAUUGCAAAGCUCCUGGCUGAUGAGUUAGUAAGUCCUAAAGAUAUUGACCCUAUAGGACGUUAUGUACCUCCACAAGAUCAGCGGAAUGUUAGCAUGAGAUUCUCAAAUCAGGGUCCUUUAGAAAAUGAUUUGGUAGUACAUGUGGCUCUGAUAGCAGAAAGUCAACGCCUGCAAGUUUUUCUGAACACAUAUGGAAUCCAAACUCAGACGCCCCAGCAGGUGGAACCAAUUCAGAUAUGGGCUCAAAAAGAACUUGUCAAAGCUUACUUCCAUUUGGGUGUCAAUGACAAAUUGGGAUUAUCUGGAAGACCAGACAGGCCUAUAGGAUGCCUCGGAACAUCAAAGAUUUAUCGAAUACUAGGAAAGACUGUAGUUUGCUACUCGAUCAUUUUUGAUCUAAGUGAUUUCUACAUGUCUCAGGAUGUUAUGAUGUUGAUUGAUGACAUUAAGAAUGCACUGCAGUUCAUUAAGCAGUACUGGAAAAUGCAUGGCCGCCCACUGUUUGUUGUACUUAUCCGUGAAGACAAUAUAAGAGGGAGCAGAUUCAAUCCAAUAUUAGAUAUGUUGGCAGCCUUUAGAAAGGGAAUUGUUGGAGGAGUGAAAGUUCAUGUUGACAGAGUACAGACUUUAAUAUCUGGAGCAGUUGUUGAACAACUUGACUUCCUAAGAAUCACUGAAACAGAAGAGACUCCUGUAUUUAAGAGCUUGGAGGAGUUGGAUCUUCCAAAACAUUCAAAAGUCAAGAGACAGUCUAGUACUCCAAAUGUUUCUGAACUUGAGCAGCAACCAGAUGUAAAUAUUAAUGACUGGAAAAACAAGUCAACAUACGAGAUUCUGCAGAAACUGAGUGAUUGCAAUUGCCUAGCAAGUCAAGCAUUACUCCUGAAUAUAUUGCUCAAAAGGGAAGGACCGUAUUUUAUCACCAAGGAAGGUACUGUUGCUGAGCAUAUUGAAAGAAUCUACAGACGAGCUGGCAGCAAAAAACUCUGGUCUGUUGUGCGCUUCGCAGCAAGUCUUUUAGGUAAACUAGUGGACAGCCUUGCACCAUCUAUUACUAAUGUUUUAGUUCAGGGCAAGCAGGUGACACUUGGAGCUUUUGGCCAAGAGGAAGCAGUUAUUUCCAAUCCCUUAUCCCCAGGAGUGAUUAAGAACAUCAUCUAUGAAAAGUGUAAUUUACAAGAUGAAAGAGAAGCCGUAGUUCAGCAGGAACUUGUCAUACAUAUUGGCUGGAUCAUCUCAAAUUCACCUGAACUUUUCAGUGGCAUGCUGAAGAUACGGGUCGGAUGGAUUAUCCAUGCUAUGAAGUAUGAAUUAAAAAUCCGUGCUGGGGAUAUGCCAGCCAAGGACUUAUACCAGAUGUCCCCUAGUGAAGUGAAGCAGCUUCUGCUGGAUAUUCUUCAACCACAGCAGCAGGGGAGAAGCUGGCUUAACAGGCGUCAGAUAGAUGGUUCUCUCAAUCGAACUCCUGCUGGAUUCUACGACAAAGUGUGGCAGAUCUUAGAAAGGACCCCUAAUGGUUUAAUAGUAGCAGGAAGAUUUUUACCACAGCAACCGACCUUAUCGGAUAUGACGAUGUAUGAAAUGAAUUUUUCCCUUCUAGUUGAAGAUAUGCUGCAAAGCAUUGACCAGCCGGAAUACAGACAAAUUAUUGUGGAGUUGUUGAUGGUUAUAUCUGUUAUUUUGGAGAGAAAUCCUGAGCUAGGGUUCCACGAUAAAGUGGACUUGGACAAAGUGGUAAAAGAAGCAUUUCAUGACUUUCAGAAAGAUGAGAACAGGCCAAAGGAAGCUGAAAUACAAGAUGACAUGACUGCAUUUUACAACACUCACCCAAUAGGAAAGAAGGGAACAUGCAGUUACUUGAGUAAGGCUGUGAUCGCUUUAUUGCUGGAAGGGGAAAUGAAACCAAGCCAUGAUGAUCCAUGUACCAUUAGCUAAAGCUUGAAACACAGCACAGGAAUUGUUGCUUUAUUUAGUGUUUAAUGUAUUUUGCAUGCAAUAUUAAAAUCUCAUUUUGAAGAGCAACCCUGGCUAGUAAUACAAAAUGCAUACCCAUCCUUUGCUGAAAGGAGUGCCAUUAAAACUAAGUGCCACCUAAUUUUUCUUUCUCAGCUAUGAUACUCAGAGCACAUGCAGUUAGUCUUGAUUAAAUUGAAUGGGAUUGUAUUUAUGAUCUUAAAUUAUACAUUUAAUGUCUUUGGUAACUUAGAGAUAAAUGCAGUACAAGAUGUCUUUAUACCUCUAUUUAUUUGUAAUUACAAAAAAGUUACUGUUAAUUUCUGAAAUUCAUUUAGAAUUAUCUUGAAGGGCUAUAAUUAACUAAUGUUUAGUACACCUAAGAGUGUGGAAGUCUGAAACCUAGACUGUUUUUUGGGAUUUGGACUCUAGAGACGAAACAGAGGUGAAUGUUAAAAGUUACUCCUAAAAUAUUUUCUGUAACGGUUCCAUUGAUAGCAUACGUAAGUUGUUUUCGUUUUAGUUUGUCAGUGUAUGACUUGUUAUGAGGGUUUCACCCUCAUAGAAUGACUUUAUCUCUAGGAAUAAAUAUCACUGCAGUUUCCCAGCUGUUUAAACAUUUAUAAGUUAACAAGGGAAAUACAUGGUAACAAGAUAAAAAUGUGUGUAAAAAAAGGGGGGGGGGGGGAAGCAAGCUGUAUUUAAAACUAACAUCGAGGCAAUGAAGAAAAAAUUUGUAUUAAAUAAGCUAUCAGUGCAUGAAAGAAUUCAAGAUACAUUUAUUUAUCUACUAAAUAUGUGAAAGCAGCAUAUGCUAAAUGCUUUAUUUUGGUAAAGGUAAUAAAAAGCAAAUGCUUGUAAAAACUGUCAAUAAAAAUGCUCUCAUUGA